CAUAGCGGAGAAUUGCAUAAAUUUGGGUGGUUGUAUUUUUUGUCAUCUCACUUUGUUUAGUUGGCCGCAUUGUUGAUUGAUGUUGCUGUUUCGUCAAUUCAGUACCUUUAGCAGUAAACUUAUCCUUACCAGUAGCACCACCACCACCUGUAACCUAACCCCCCUUCUUCAGGCUCAACAAAAAUUACUAGUUGUCACCAAAUCCACUAUGUCGUCAUCGGCAUCGCCAUCGCCAACAAAGGGGUCAAAGUAUGACUACGAUCUUAUCGUGAUUGGAGGAGGGUCGGGAGGGUUGGCGGCAUCCAAGGAAGCGGCCGCUCUGGGAGCAAAAGUUGCGCUUUUGGACUUUGUACCUGAGUCGCCACAGGGGACGACGUGGGGGUUGGGGGGAACGUGUGUGAACGUUGGAUGCAUUCCUAAGAAGAUGAUGCAUGUCGCAUCACUUGUCGGUAAAAAUAUAUCGGACGCCAGUUCCUACGGGUGGACGAGUGUGGAUACGUCAAAGUCAAAAUCCGUCGACUGGCCCGCACUCGUCCAAAAUGUCCAGGAUCGUAUUAAAGGGACCAAUUGGACCUACCGGGUCGCCCUCAGGGACUCUAACGUCACAUAUAUCAACGGUUUGGGCGAAUUUGUCGAUGCCAACACUAUCAAAGCGACGACAAAACAGGGGAAAAUUUCCAUUCAUACAGCCUCCAACAUAUUAAUUGCCGUGGGUGGUCGUCCCCACUAUCCGGAAGACGUCCCAGGUGCGAAACAGUACUGCUUAUCCUCCGACGACAUCUUCUCACUGCAGAAUCACCCCGGAAAAACGCUGGUCGUUGGUGGUUCCUACAUUGCAUUGGAGACGGCCGGAUUUCUUCAAGGGUUGGGAAUCGAUACCACAAUUAUGGUCCGAUCUAUCCUGUUGCGCGGUUUCGACCAACAAAUGGCCGACCUGGUCGGGAAAUAUAUGGAGGACGAGUGUCACGUAAAAUUCCAAGUGGGUCGUGUCCCCGUCUCCGUGAAGGAAGGGAAACCAGGCUCCUCCAACCAGCGGACUUUAAUUGUCUCCUCGAAACCCACAUCCGGCGCUGGGUCCGUCGUGGAGGAAGAGUUUAACACCGUCAUGUUCGCCACGGGGAGACUUCCCAUCACGCCCGGGUUAAAAUUGGGUCCCGUCGGAGUCAAAGUGGACGAGUCGGGAUUCGUCCUCGCCAACGAAUCGGAUCAAACCAGCGUUCCCAACAUUUACGCCAUCGGUGACUGCACCAAGGGCAGACCGGAACUCACUCCGGCCGCCAUUCAAGCUGGCCUAUUGCUUGCCAGACGAUUAUUUGGAAAAUCGACCACGCUGACGGACUACGUCAACUGUCCGACGACCGUAUUCACUCCGAUGGAAUACGCAUUCGUCGGAUUUUCUGAAGAGGACGCCAUAAAAAAAUUUGGAAAGGAUGACAUCGAAGUUUAUCACACUUAUUUCCAACCCUUCGAAUCACAACUGCCAGCGAGUGAUUUGAACAAGGGAUACGCAAAAGUGGUGUGUCGCAAGAGCGAAAAGGAACGCGUCGUGGGGCUGCAUUUCAUAGGUUACAAUGCGGGGGAGGUGGUUCAAGGGUUCGCUGUUGCCAUUCGACUCGGGAUGAAGAAAAACGACUUAAAUGCAACCAUUGGGAUUCAUCCGACCUCGGCGGAGAAUUUUACCAUAAUUAUGAACAUUUCAAAGUCGUCGGGAAAGGAUGCGAUGAAGAAGGGUUGUUGCGGAUAAGGGAUCAUCAUAGGAGCAAAUAUUGAGCAGGGUCAAUCCCACUUUCAACACGGAAAAAUAUUUAGUAAACUAUGUACGACAUGCAAAAUGAGCUUUUCGCAGGCACUACAUUUUUUGCUAAAUGAGUUGAUUUCUUCUUAAAUUAUUCUUAUUACUUCUGCAGAAUUUUACAUACUUUUUAAUUGAUCAAAUAUACCACGCCGUCAAAAUUGUGUGUUAAAUGCUUUAUCAGCACUCAAUUCGAUGAAUAUAUACGUGAGACUUUAAUUCAA